CGGCUAAAGUUUGUGUUCCACGCUGGAAGGCGCCUUGUUGUGACUGGCGAGGGGGUGGAGCUUCCGGUGCGGUGCAAAUCGGGAUUUGGGGAUUCCCCAACACGAGGAAGAGCUGACACCGCGACCGGCGACUUCCCACGGCAGCUCGGCUGUCUCUCUGCCCCGGCCGUUGUGUGAUGGAGCCGCAGCCUGAGUCUGGGAUGGAGCCGCCGCUCAGCCAGGAGACCUUUGAGGACCUGUGGAGCCUGCUGCCUCUGCAGGAUGUCUCUUAUGUCUCGGGGAACGAUCUGGGUUUUCCCGAGGACCCCCUGCUGCCCCCCGACAUGGCUGCGUUACAGGAGAGGGGGGUCAGCAGCUCCUUCACGGCCGUCGCCUCGCCCUCCGUGCCCUCGACGGAGGAUUACCCCGGAGCUUAUGGGCUGAAGCUGGAGUUUCAGCAGAACGGGACGGCCAAGUCUGUCACCUGCACGUACUCCGAGGAGCUGAACAAGCUGUUCUGCCAGUCUGCAAAAACCUGCCCCGUUCUGAUCCGCGUGAACAGUCCGCCCCCCAGCGGGGCAAUUCUCCGCGCCACGGCCGUCUUCAAGAAGUCUGAACACGUCGCCGAGGUGGUGAAGCGAUGUCCGCACCACGAGCGCUCGGCGGAACCGGGAGACGAUUCUGCCCCCCGGAGUCACCUGAUCCGCGUGGAGGGUAACUCUCUGGCUCAGUACGUGGAGGACCAGCACACGGGGCGGCACAGCGUCUGCGUGGCGUAUCAGGAGCCGCAGGUUGGGUCCGAGUGCACGACGGUCCUGUAUAACUACAUGUGUAACAGCUCGUGUAUGGGGGGCAUGAACCGCAGGCCCAUCCUCACCAUCAUCACCCUGGAGUCCAGAGACGGCGUGCUCCUCGGGCGGCGCUGCUUUGAGGUGCGGGUCUGCGCAUGUCCGGGACGAGAUCGGCGAUCAGAGGAAGAGAAUUACUCGAAAAAGAAAGGGCUGAAAAUCGGUGGAAAGAGAGAGCUUCCAGCCUCGCCUGCCCCAGACGCUCCUCUGCCCAAAAAGAGGGUGGUCGCCGAGGAGGAGACCUUCACGCUGCAGGUGCGAGGACGCGAACGCUACGAGAUGCUGAAGAAGCUGAAUGAGGCCCUCGAGACGCAGGAGAAGUUGGACCAACAAAAGCUGUCUCUGAAAUGCCGCAAGUGUCGCGAUGAAAUCAAACCGAAGAAAGGGAAGCGGCUCCUUCUAAAGGAAGAGCAGGACUCUGAAUAGGGGCCCCGGGGGCCCUCGCUAUCUCUGUGGCAGGCUGUAGGGGCCCUGAUGUAACUUGGGGGGUGCACCUGGGGCAGGCUGUAGUGUGGGGCCAUUCUAUACGUUGGCUGUAAGGGGGGGUCACCCUGUGUGGGGCCAGGGGCCAUUCUAUACGUUGGCUGUGGGGGGGGUGCCCCGUAACAUUCACUGCCAUUCCCUUUUUUUUGUAAUCCUAUUUUUGGUUAUUUUUUAAAUAAAAUCUUCACAUUUUCACUGUAA